UUAAAAGUUUGAAAACGAAAACCGGCGAUAGAAAUGUUUUUUGGAUCGCAUUUUAAAAGUUUAAAAACGAAAAACGGCGAUAGAAAUGUUUUUUUAGAUCGCAUUUUAAAAGUUUAAAAACGAAAAACUGCGAUAGAAAUGUUUUUUUAGAUCGCAUUUUAAAAGUUGAAAAACGAAAAACGGUGAUAGAAAUGUUUUUUUAGAUCGCAUUUUAAAAGUUUAAAAACGAAAUAUAAUUCGUAUGAAAAUUCGUAUAAAAGGGAAUAUAAUUAGAAUGACAAUUCGUAUGAAAAGAGAAUAUAAUUCGUAUGAAACUUCGUAUGAAAAUCGUAUAAAAGAGAAUAUAAUUCGUAUGACAAUCAUAUAAAAUUCGUAUUAGAUUUUUUAAAAAUCGUAUAACUAUUUAACACUAUACGAACUGUAUACGAUUUUUAUAUGAAUUAAAAGCAAUUAAAUUCGUAUAUAUUCGUAUAAAAUAUCAUACGAAAUUUGUAGACGACCCCUAACAGUUACAGAAAUAUUGGGAUUUAAAGGUAUUUUGGUGACAUCUUUACACCAUCCAUUCUGAAGCAGAAUUGGGGACCAGGUUUUGGGGAACUUACCAAUUUGAUCCUAGUUUGUCCCUAGCUGCACAUGUGGUGAAAAUUAAAUUUCUGAGUUAUUUGUUAUUAAAAAACCUUAAAACAUUUUUUUAAAAUUACAUGAUCCCAUAUAUUUUCUUCAUUAGCGCUCCAAGUUCUACAUAUUGCAGGCAACAGGUAAAAAAAUUCCCCCAAAAUGUUUUUGUAUAUGCACUGAUGAUGUCAACAAAACUCAUAAACAACCUAUAUUUUCCAUUGUUUUUCUACGUUAGUGGAAGACAUUCUUUGUAGCUUUAUUUUCAAAACUCUAAUUGCACAGCCUAUGCACCGUUUCUACAGUCUAUCAGUUUUAGGGGGACAGCAUCCAGUUUCUAGUAAAUUUAGACUUUGCUACAUCCACUCUUUACUCUUUCUCUCCUAGUCCUUUCUUCUACUUCUUAACCUUUUCAACUAAUUAUUCCACCAAUUCCUCUAUGGGAACCAAAUCAUCUGCAUGAAAUAACUCCUAUGACCACUCUGAACUCCAUAGAAGCUUAUUAAGGACUAAAAUAAACAAAAGACUAAGUAUAUACAGAGUAAAUUUAGCAGAUACAAUAAAAAAAAAUUUAAACUAAAGAGUUUUUUGAAAUCGUGAAUUAAAUUUAAUAAAGGUUACUAAAGGAGUUUGAGAAGUUUACAAAUAAUCAAAAUUAUUAAAAUCAACAUAUUAAACAAAACGUUGCAGAUAAAAUGUAUUAUUUUCCAAACAUCCAUAACUAUAUAUAUUUUUUUAAAGUGAAAAUUAAUUGAUAAGAAGGCACAUCUAAUAAAAUAAAUUCUUAUACUGAAAACAAAUUUUUAAAAACAAACUUAUUCGAAUAAUAUGUAUAUCUUGUAUUAGUUGAGUUUAUUCUAGCACCAAAAGUUUCAAACUGAAUACCAGCUAUGGUAAAAAUAACAUUACAAAACCAGCAAGUUGAUAAUAGAUAAGAAACUUCUGUUUGUUACAAACACAGGCUGUUUUAAGAGUAUAACAUGCAUCUUGAUCCUUGACCUUUCCUAUGAUCUGUUAUACUGAUAAAAAUCAUAAAGCUUAUGAUUCGUGUAGAAGAAGUGCUUACUAUGACCAGUAAACACCAAUCUUGCUUCUUAAUGUGUUUAACAAACACCACUCUAUAUAUGUACAAGUUUGAGUUGGAUUGCUUCAUUCACUAAUAGGACAGUGUUUAAUUAACAUUUGUAUUUUAGUUAUACAGAAAUGUUUGACAAAUCUAUUAACAAAACAAAGUCACACAGUAUAAUUAAGGAAGGAAAACCCAGUUUGGAUGAUGUGUAUGAAGAAAGCGAAAAUGAUGGCACCUUACGAAGUUCACAAGUAUUACCUACUGAAAAUAUUGAUGGACCCUCACCGAUACACCUGCUUGCAAUAAACGGAAAUAAGAUACAAUUAUCUGAGUAUAUUCGUACAAAAAAAGAUGCAGUUGAUGAGGAAGAUAACAUGCGUCGCACACCACUUAUAUAUAGUGUUUUAGGUGAUAGAGUGGAUUGUGUUUUGGUAUUACUUAAAGCAGGGGCAAAUAUAAAUAAAUGUGAUGUUGACAAAAGGACAGCACUGCAUUGGGCUGCAUAUCAAGGUAAUCAUAAGCUUGUGAAAUUGCUGAUAUCAUAUGGUGCCAAUUGUAUUGCUAGAGACAAAGAAGGCCGCACUGCACUACAUUUGUCGGCAAGCCAUAAUAACAUAAAAGUUUUGCAAGCUUUACUUCGAAGUAUGACUACAGGAGAAAUUGAUACUCCUGACAAUAAGAAAAUGACUGCUUUAGCGUGGAGUGUAUUUUAUGAUAGAAUUGAAUUUGUGGUAUUGUUGCUACAAAAAGGUGCCAAUCCAGCCAGUAUUGAUAGCGAAAAAAGGACUGUCCUCCAUUGGACUAGUGAAAAUAAAGAUGCUUCUAUUUUAAAAAUGCUUAUUGAACAAGACCCAUUUAUUUGCAACUGGAAUGACUGUGAAGGUAGAACAGCAUUACACAUGGCAGUUGGUCAGUCAAAUUACAGUUUAGUUGAGUUUCUUUUAUCCGUUGAUAAAAUUGAAGUCAAUUGCAUUGAUCACAUGCAUAGAACACCGUUACAUUGGGCUGCAGUACUGGGAAAUAAAUCUUUAGUGUUGUUACUUCUAAAACAUGGUGCUGAUUAUACACUUAGCGACAAUAAUGGUGUCAGAGCUUUACAUUAUGCAGCACAAAACAAUGCACAUGAAGUAGUACAAGUUAUGCUUAAUAAAAAGGGAAUUAAAGAUAUACCAGAUGAUAAACAGGGAACUGCGUUAAUGUGGGCUGCCGUUAAAGGAUGUGACGCAGUUGUAAAAACUUUGUUGGAGAGUAAAUGUUCAGAUCCCAAUGCUGCAGAUAUACAUGGUCAAACAGCUCUUCACAUGAGCACACAAGCUGGUCACUUAAAUUGUGUAAAACUGCUUAUUGAAAAUGGAGCUCAUGUGGACACUGUAGAUGUAAAGCAUCAUAUCCCAUUGUUUUAUGCUUGUGCAUCUGGCCAUGUAGAAAUUGUGACAGAGCUUUUAAGUCAUGGUUCUUCAUCAAAUCUUGAUGAUCGAGAUUUAGAAGGCCGUUGCCCACUACAUUAUGCUGCCAUGGUAGAUAGGACAGAUAUUAUAAAAGUGCUUAUCCAAAAUAAUCUUGAUCCAAAUACAAAAGAUAAUGCUGGUUGCCCACCACUUCACUUUGCAUCCUAUGGUGGAUUUGUUCAUUGUAUGAGUGUUUUACUAGAAAAUGGUGCUGAUGUCAACAUGCAGGAUAAUGAUGGAUGUACAGCAUUGCACUGGGCAUGUCGAUCUGGUUCUGUGGACGCUGUCAAGUUGUUAGUUUCAAGAUUUGGUGCUAAUGUCAACAUGUUUGAACGUAGCGUUGAACAGUUAACACCACUUGAUUAUUCCAUACUAGAAGAUCAUCAAGAUGUUGCAUUUUAUUUAACUGAAAAUAAUGCAUACACUGCUGCAUCACUAAAAGAUUUAUCUGCGAUGAAAAUACAAGCUGUUUGGAGAGGAUACAAGUUUCGGAGGCAUUUUCAUGAAAAAAAACAAUUAUUUCUAAAACAUGAAAUUAUUCGUAGAGGUGUCUCUGACACUGGCGGGUCGUACCAUUCAGAGCAGGAUUUGUUUAAUCAGAAAUUGGGAAAUAUACAAACAUUGCAGGUUUACAGUAAUCAAAACAAUAUGGCCACUAAUAACAUUGAACACAACACAGGUCCUGACAUACAACUUCAAAAUUACUUGACAACAAACCAUAGAAAAAGAUCAACAGUUAGUAACCUUUCAGGAAAUACUGUUUCCUCAAAAUCCUCAGUUUUUCACCAUGCUGACAGAGGCCGUAGUGAUUUACGGAGUGGCCCAAAGUUUAGCACAGAUAAUACUAAUCCAAUGUCUUUACACAAAGUUAGUGCUGGCUCAUUAUCUCCUUACAGCUAUUUACAAAAACAAGGUUUUGAUGAAAUAUACCCACCUGCACGUAAGACCAGUACUGGAUCUUUACCAGCUGUUCAUGGAGGUCUUUUAGUAAGAGAUCAUAAAAUUUACUCAAGUUCUUCUGUUGUUGGGGAACAAUCUACUAUGAAAAAUUACAAUGAUACUAGAAAGACUGCUAGUAGUAUUUCUAUUUUUAAUGGUGGUAAAGAUGUUGGCCAAAAUAAUUAUACAACAAUGAAAACAUUAAAAGUUGCAAAUGCGAACCACUUUAUACCGCACAAUAACAGACCUACACAUUCAUCACUUAGUUCUGCUGGAUCAAGUGAUAUUAAUAAUGCUGGAAACACUAAAAAAGGUGACAGAAAUAAUUGGUAUAACAAAACUUACAGUCGAUAUGUUGCUGCUCAUCAACAAGGUAGCAUAAUCUCAUCUUCCUCCGAGAGUAGUGCAUUGUUUGAAACAAAACCAUUAAAUCAUGUGCUUUCUACAAUAAUGCAAAGAAAACAAGAUAUAGUAAUAGAUUCAGGCGCUACAAGUAGUGUUGAUGUAGAUUUACCAUCAAAGCAUAUUUCACAUGGGCAUACUUUUCAUGGCAAUGUAUUUCCUGUUGACACUGAUCCAGAAAAACCUUGGAAUGUUUAUCGACGUGAUCAAAAAAGAAUUAAUAUGAUCAGAUUGAAAACAGACGCUGCAGUCAUAAUUCAAAAAGCUUUUCGAAAAUAUUUGUCAAGAAAGAAUCCAAAACAAAUUAGUUUAUACAAGGAUGCAAAAAAUAAUGUUGAUUUAUGCAAUGCAACCUCACCUGAAACUGAAAUUGAUGCACAAAAAGACGAAUAUUGUAAUGAUGAUGUAGAUGAAGAUGAUGAAGAAGAAGAAAACGACGAGUUUACUUUGCAGGAAGUUGCUGCCUUAGUUAUUCAGUUAGCAUGGAGACAAUAUUUAAAAAACAAGCUGGUCUCCCAACAGAGCAAUUAUAGCAGUUUCGAAGAUGACACAGCACCAAUAAGUUCCACAGAUGAGGAAUCUAUAGCACAUGGACAUUCCUCAUUGCGACAAGAAGAAAGCGAUGAUUUUGAUUCCAGCUUUGAAGAAAACAAAUUUUUAGAGAAACAAGGUAAAAAGAAACUUACUGCAUCACAUUCAGUGCCUGUAAAUAUUUACACUAAGAAAAAGCGUUCCAAUAAAUUUUCAUUCAAAAAGAGACUUCUGCAGCGCAGUUCAGCAUCAUCGAAUUCAGCAGAAUCUCCAACAUUGGCAUCCGUGCAGCAACCACUCUCAAAAAGUGAUGCUUCGGCAAUUAAAACUGGCAAGCCAAAAUUAUUCUUACGUGGCCGAUCAACCUCUCGAAGUAAUGAUAACUCUUAAUUGAUCGAAAAAAUUUUCUUGACAUGAGAAUUUUAUUAUGGGGAAGUUGCUUUUAUUUUGUUUUUCAAAAAAAGCAGACUGACAGACUAAUUUUUUAAUGAAAUCAUUAUCCUGAGGCGGUUUGUUUAACAAAAAGCUUUAAAUAUAUGUUCAGGAUUCAUUUUAAAAUUGUGUUAUUAAGACAAGUUAUGACUUGAAAUAUUUUCUUUCGCAUUUUUCAAUUUCUGUCAGACUUAAUAUUUUGUAAAAACGACACAGCUUUUUUUUCUCCAUUAACUGGUGGUAAGAAAGCUCUGAAAAAAUGCUAUUUUUCGAUUUGUUAAUUAAAAAAUUUAUUUAAUACAUUAUACAAAAUUGUAUAUAUUGUCCAUACUUUUUAUUUUUUAUUUUUAUCUUGGUUUUAUUUGGUAUAUAUUCAUAGUUUUGUGAUGUUUUACAAAGUACAAUGAAAUAUGUCAUAAGUUUAAUUAAGUUUUUACGCAAUGUUUAAAUUUAUUAUCAGUUUUUCUUUGGAUGACAAAUUGCGUAAAUAAAUAAUGGAGAAUGCAGCUACUUAAAAACUGCAAAAUCACAAAAGGUUUUUGGCAUAGUUCUAAAUAGUUUUUAAUUUUCCAUAAUUUCAGAAAAAUCUUGCCAACCCUGAAAGUUUUAUGUAAAAAUUGAAAAAGUAGAAAAAAAUGCCUCGUUAUUAUAUUAUAAUUUUCCAUUUCUUUAUAUUAACCCUCGAAGUUUAUUGAAAUUAGGUUCAAGUCACACUUGCAACGGUUAAGAAGCAAAUGUUCAGGUCUUUUCGGAGAUUACAUCUUAAUCUCUUAAAGGCAGGUUUUCAUUUAAAUGAAAGCGGUUGAAUUCAUCAACCAAAAGUAGGAAGCAUUUCUACUUUUGCACGAAUUAAUGUCAAUCUAUUUGACCAAUUGUUUUAAACCUACCUUAAGCCGAGUCAGUUUCUUUUUUGUACCAAUGUGAAAUAAGUUUAUUUGGUUUUAUUUUUACUAUUUUUGGUCAUUGUUUGAUAAGUGGGUAUAUAUAUUUAUUGAAUUAUUUAGAACAUUUUAUUUAACUGGAUUGUCUUUAAAUGUCAAACACUUUUUGUAAAUUGUUUAUUUGUCAAUUUGUCUUUUUAUUAACUUUAGAAGUAAUUAUUAAAAUAAGGUACCAUCAAUUUUUUAAACAAAGGGAAACCAGGAUUUUGUAAUAAUACUAAUAAUAAAAAAAUUAUAAAAAACUGA